GGAGAAACUUCCCGCUCUGCUCAAGGAUUAUCUCUCGUUUAAUGGUAGAUACCACUGGAUCAGAGAUCAUAAAUAACGGGCAUUGGGAUAGAACAGAGUUAAAGUGGACAUGGAUGACGUCCUCGUUAGAAACAGAAAUGGCAGUAAAAGGUUUGUGGUUUAGGGAUUAUUAGCUAUUAUAUGUGAAUUCCAAUUCAGAAUGGUCAAACUAACACUGAAAACGUGGCUGCGUUGACUUAGCCUACCUACAUUAUCUUAGCUUGUUAGCUAGCUUGUUUAGUAAAUUAUAAUUACAGAGGAAAUCGCGAAGUGUAUUCUUCCUGCUGUUAACUAGCUUUGAAAACGUAUGUAGCGUUAGUCCUUUAACUGACUUAGAGUCCUGAGAUUGAUUUCCCCCACAAUCAAUAGUUUAAAGGACGUUUGAUAGCUAGCUAACCUGAAGCAACUGAAGUUAACGCUAGGUAAAGUUAUCUAAAUUACAUUACAUACAAUGGCAUUCAAACGGCCAUUUCGGGCGGAGGAUUUGAGCUGCCCAGUAUGUCAGCACAUCUUUACGAAUCCUGUGAUCUUGACGUGCUCGCAUAGUGUAUGUAAAGACUGCUUAACUAAGUUCUGGGAAGUUAAAGGAACAAAAGAAUGUCCAAUGUGCGGGAAAAGGUUGCUCGACGACCCACCCCUUCUUAACCUUAUUCUGAAGAACCUGUGCGAAUCCUUCGUUCAGGAGGAAAAUAAGCGAGCGCUGCUCUGUAGUCAACAUAAACGAAAACUUGAACUGUACUGUCUGGAGGAUAAGGAACCCGUGUGUGUGGUGUGUAGAGACUUGGAAACACACCAAAAUCACAACUUCAGUCCCAUCGGUGAAAUAGCUUCCGGCAUUAGGGGGAACAUCAUGGUCAAGCUGCAGGGCCAGGAGAACAAUCUGAAGUCCAUUAGUGAGCUCAAACUCGCCUGUGAUAAAAUGUCAGAGCACAUUGAGACGCAGUUCCUGAGCACAGAGAAGCAGAUCAAGGAGGAGUUUGAGAAACUCCACCAGUUCCUACGAGAUGAAGAGGCGGCCAGGACAGCUGCACUGAGGGAGGAAGAGGAGCAGAAGAGUCAGAUGAUGAAGAUGAAGUUAGAUGACGCAAGGAAAGAUGUUCUAGAGCUGACGAAGCGCAUCCGAGAAACAGAGGAGGACAUGGCCGCUGACGACGCCUCAGUCGUGCUGAACUACAAGACAAUAGUGGAAAGAACUGAUUACACACUGUGGGUGCUACGGGUGAAUUUAGGAGAACUGAUUGAUGUGGCGAAACACCUGGGCAAUGUCAAGUUCAGUGUGUGGGAGAAGAUGCAGGAGAUUGUUAAAUACACGCCUGUGGUUCUGGACCCGAACACCGCUCACCCAGAACUGUCUGUGUCGGCGGACCUGACCAGUGUGAGGCGGACGGAGGAGCUGCAGCCCGUUCCCCCCAACCCUGAGCGCUCCCUGCAGAACAUGAGCGUGCUGGGCUCCGAGGGCUUCAGCUCCGGGACGCACUGCUGGGACGUGGACGUGCGGAACAAGAGUCGCUGGGUCCUGGGCGUCCACACCGAGUCCUCCCUCUUGUUAUUAGACACAAACCUCUUCUCCUUCAGUGGCCUGUGGUACUUGGAGAACGACUGCGGGCUCUACGUGGCCGGUACCACCCUGCAGCGCGAGACCAGACUCCGGGUCACCGACACCCCCGACUGGAUCCGUGUCCGACUGGACCUGGAUCGGGGGAAGGUGACGUUCUCCGACCCGGGGAACAAGAAACACCUGCGGACCUUCAGGCACAGCUUCGCUGAGAGCGUCUUUCCGUACUUCGCUACUCACUGUGCGCGCUCACCGCUGAAGAUAUCACCAGUGAACACCACCGUCACUGUGCAGAAGAUCAAGUAGAUUAUGUAUUUGUGAUUAAUAUUAUUGGUUAGUUAUUAGUUUUGAAUUGCUUCGUCUUUUCAGUCCUACCAUCAGUUACACAGUGAUGAUCUCAGACAUGGUUAUAAGACGACCUGUCAUAGUUCAUAGUUCAUAGUUCAUGUUCUGGGUGUGCACCUCUCUAACUGAGGUCUGCUCAGUCAUCUCCAUGGCAACUACAUGGGUCUUCCGUUCUCUUUCUCCAGCUUAAUGUGAUUGGUCAGUGUCAGGUCAGCCGGUCAUGCAGCAGGAAGUUCAGUUCCAGCCAAUCAGCUGUUGUAGUGUGGAUACGUUUCCUGUGUGUUUGUUUGUUUGUUUUGUUAAAGCGCUGACUAAACAGUGCACUAGCCAACACCUCCAUUACUUCGUGUCCUCUGCAGUCUGUGCAUUAGGCUAGGAGAUGAGCUCAACUGUACUCCCCUCCCUCUCUGCAGUGUGUGUUGGGUUUUGAAUGUUUAUUCAUGUUAGCAGCUCUGUGUCAAAUGGAGAAUAAAUUGUUACGUGAA